CAUUCCGAAAGUAUUCCCUAGAAACCGAACCUUUCGCCCGGAAACUCAAAUCCGUUUCCCUCAGUCGGAAUCACAACCUCCAUCAUUGUCUCCGCUCGAUCAAUCUCACCAGCUGCGCGCGAGAGAGAGGUCGCGGAGAUCUAAUGGCGGAGAAGCCCCAGCCGGUGAAGGUUCUGUACUGCGCAGCGUGUUCUCUGCCGGCGGAGUACUGCGAGUUCGGGCCCGAUUUCGAAAAAUGCAAGCCUUGGCUCAUCAAGAACGCCCCCGACCUCUACCCUGAUCUCCUCAAAGAGGCUAAUGAAAAGGGGGUUGACAAGUUGUCUGAGCAGCUCCAAUCUGUCGGAAUCUCUUCAAGCAGUGGCGAUGGCACUGCCUCUGGUGGUGCCACUUCUGGUGAAACAUCUACAAAUAAACUGGAGGAAGUGAAACGUCUUCCAGGAGGGAAAAUCAAGAAAAAGGAGAAGCAAGAAGUCAUAAUAGAAAAGGUUGUAAGAAACAAGCGCAAAUGUAUUACUGUCGUGAAAGGACUUGAAAUGUUUGGUAUAAAACUCAGUGAUGCCUCAAAGAAGCUUGGGAAAAAGUUCGCUACUGGAGCAUCGGUUGUUAAGGGUCCAACUGACAAAGAGCAAAUCGAUGUUCAAGGAGACAUCUCUCUCGAUAUUGUGGAUUUCAUAACUGAGACCUGGCCUGAUGUUCCUGAAGCUGCUAUAUACUUCAUUGAAGACGGGAAAAAGGUCCCAAUCGUCUGACUUAUUCCUUAGGGAGUAGCAGUGAAGCCAGUUUUGAUGAUAUCCUACUUUGCCUCGAUAAGAUGAUGCAGCUGUUGAAAGAACUGAAAGGAGCUAUAAUAGAUGCUACUAAGUAGUUGUGAACUGGCUUCCCUUCCACCAAUGGGUUUUUGGGUAUGGGGGGUUUUGGUUUUACAUUUUGUUUGCGUUAUUUUGCAGUAUAUAUAUAUAUAUAUAACUUGAUAUCGUCGCUUCCUAUAUGCACUGUAUUGAAUCUGAGCUAUUGUACCAUCUCGGGGGUACUUGACUUGAGGUUCCAAGAUCGAGUUAAGGCUUGUGCACAAUUUUGCAGAUAUUGUAAAUGUAGUGUCACUGGUGCAGUCGAAACAUGGAGUCUGCGUGGAUUAGUAGGACUGCAGUUUUGUAUUCUGUGCAAGUGUUUCACUGCGCGGUCUCACCUUUCUCAGCUCACAAGGAGAAGGCACAUUGCAUGUUACAAAUAUCUUAUGAUUCU